CCAUAAUAUUUGCAUAAUUUUUACAUAAAAGAAAAUAAUAAGGUCUAAAUUCGUUCUUCCGCAACCACUCCCCCUUGAGAAAAUCAGAUGAAUAAUGUUCAUAUUUCAUAUUUAUAGCACACAAACUCACCAAACAUAGACAAGUCACACAUCAAAUGAAAGCUCUCACUCUCAGGAAUGUUACUGUGUACUUUAUUUCACAGAUCUUAUACAUUAUAGUGACAUAACAAAGAAUAAUUUUCAAAAGAAUCACGAAAACUGAAAUGACUCCUGUGAACAAGCAAACUUAUGCAUCAUAUUUCUGCGCUGAUAACUACAUCUGUGCUCACAUACUAGCCUAAAAUCCUACAUCAGCUUUUACCUUAGGUUGUUUUCUUCAAAAUGAGACCAUUCUCGUGUGUCUGUGAGCAUGCAUGGCUAAACGGCACUAUAAUAUGUCUCAGGUGCGCAGAUCAAAACACGCGAUGCAGCGUAAAACAUCUAUGACCAGUAUUUGACUCUUUUUGAUUCCUGUCGACUUGCAAUGACGUCAUCACGCAGUGCGUCCUAUGUCAUGAAAGCUGACAACCUCCCUUCUCCAUAGACACGUCGAUCAAGCUUCUAGACCAAUCAGAACCCGCGUUUUUCCUUUCCAACGUUGAGGAGGUGGGACUAAAGAACACGAAUCGCGUGCGCGCCAUCAGACGGGUGCAGAUGUUGAAGGAGUUGAUUGGAAGUUGGUUUGUGAUUUUGGAUAGCGUUUUUAGCGAAUUAUUGCGUGCUUUUAUUACUGUUAGAGUUACAUUUCUCUGAAAAAUGACUUCAAGAAAGUUUUUUGUUGGUGUGGAGGCGGUUUUGGAGGAGUUGGAUCGGAUGUCUGACACUGAAACUUGCAGCGAGGCUAGCUUUGACUCGGUCAGAGAAGCUGCUUACAACGUGGGAGAAGACCCUGAUUUUGAUGUAGCCUCCAGUGGUGAAGAAUGGCAGCCAGCAAGUCAGCCACGCACCAGCAAUCAGGAUACUUGCUCAGCAUCCACCACCAGCACACCUCAGACAUCCAUGACCCCCACACACUCUGCAGGUGAUUCAGUGAGGCCAAAAACUUGCAGCAAGCAAUAUAGAGGGAGGUCUCGUUCUGUCAAGGGGACAAAAAGGCCAGCCAAUGUGAUGUCAGAGAGCAGUGGCACAGAAAGGUGGUAUGAUUGCAGUGAGGAGGAUGAGGCUCCAGCGUUACCACAUUUCUUGCCAAAACGAAUCCCGGGACCACAACUUGUAAUGGACAGGAUAUAUUCCCCUCUGCAGCUAUUUCAGCUCUUCUUCACCGUCUCUGCAGUGGACACAAUCGUGAAGAAUACGAACUCCUUUGCAAGAAUGAGAUCAGAGGCUGGGAAACGUUUUGUCUGGUUGCCUCUGAAAGUGCAGGAAUUGUAUUCAUACAUUGGACUUGUGAUCUACAUGGGGCUCCGAUUUGUAUAA